AUGCGAUAUCAGGAUUUGCUAAAGAAAAUAAAAUUAAGCAAUCGGUUCAAAGGAAAUAUUUACAUGAAUCGUGCGUUUAGCCAUGGAGGAGGAGGAGGGAGUACUGAACAAGUGAAAUAUGUGAAAGAAGGAAAAGGAAAAUAUAUAUUUUACACAGCAGUAACAUCAGUAGCAUUGUCACUUGGGAUUACCUACGCAUAUGAAAAUUAUAUCCUAUACAAAUGGAAUAAUAAAUAUGAUUAUUCAUACAACCCAGAUAUAAGCACAAUUGAAAAUAAGUUAAAAGAAAGAAAAGAAGCAAAGGAGGGGAAGAGAGAAAAAAGGCACGUCUCUAAAAACAUAAUUUUAGUUAGACAUGGGCAAUAUGAAAGAAAAAAUAGAAAUGAUGAAAAUUCAAAGAAAUUGACAAAAGAAGGAUGCAAACAAGCAGAAAUUACUGGAAAGAAAUUAAAAGAUAUAUUAAAUAACAAAAAAAUUAAUGUCAUUUAUCACUCUGAUUUGAUAAGAGCUAAAGAAACGGCACAAAUAAUUAGCAAAUAUUUUCCAAAUGCAACAUUAGUAAAUGAUCCAAACUUAAAUGAAGGGACACCAUACUUACCUGACCCAAUUCCUAAAAGUUCAAAAUUUGAUACAAACAAAAUUAGGCUUGAUAAUAAGAGAAUAAAUAAAGCUUAUGAAACUUAUUUUUAUCAACCACCAGGUGAUGAAGAUGAGUAUCAAUUAAUUAUAUGUCAUGGUAAUGUCAUACGAUAUUUUCUAUGUAGGGCUUUGCAGUUACCCCUGUUUUCCUGGUUACGCUUUUCCAGCUAUAAUUGUGGAAUUACAUGGAUUGUUUUGGACGACGAGGGUUCUGUAGUCCUCAGGGAGUUUGGAUCAGUAUCACAUCUCCCAUUCGAAAGCGUGACAUACUUUUGA